AUGACAACAUUUGCAAAGAAACUGAAGUUAUCAGGCUCGACAUCCCGAGGACAUGGUGCUUUUGUCAGAAAUAGAAAUUUGAUUGAUGUGUGGAUAGAAGCACCGAGAGGAAAUAGAAAACAGGUGGUUUAUGAAAAGAUAUUAUCUCUUAUUGAUAUCACAGAUGAACCUUCCAAACAUCUUAAAAGUAAUAUUAUGAAAUGCAGCCAGUUGUUUGGGUUGAAAAUCGCAAAUAAAUGGCAGAAAGUAGGACAAUCUCGGAAUCGACUUUUACAAAAUCAGGUAUAUUGGUUAGACAAGAUUAUAUAUAGAAUAAAUAAUGAUUCUGAAGAAAACACAUCUUCGGAUGAGGAACAAGAACCUCCUUGUCGCUCAGUUGGACGGCCACGGGUGCCAUUUGAAGAUGCAUCGAAGAAAACAAAACGAAGACGUGUAGCCGAACUAACCACAGACAGAUCUGCAAAUGAACUUCAAUUUGCUGUAAAUGUCGUUUCUGGAAGCAAUCACAGUGAGGUCUCGCCACAAAUUUUUAGUUUUAGUACAGCUGAAGCUUUAGCGCUUAUGGUAGAUUUGGAUAUAUCCGUAAGAAAGUAUUUACUACUUAGGUCUGUUAUUAAUGGUAAGGCCCAGAACUGCCUUGCUAGGUAUAAAGAAUUACAGAAAACAAAAAAUGCUAUCAUCCCUUCACAAUUUAUUAUUACUGAAAUUUCUGCAGAAGUUGAUUUGCAAGAACUUCUACAGAAAACAGCUGAAAGUAUCCUUGAAACAAUGAAUUUUGAAGAGAGAGAUUGCCGGAUUAAAGUGAUAUGCAAGUGGGGAUUUGAUGGUAGUUCUGGGCAUAGCCAAUAUAAGCAGAAAUUUUCUGAUUUAGAAAACACCGUCGAAUUUCUGUUUCUUGUAGCAAUGACGCCACUCAGAUUGAUUGAUAGGGAAACGAAUAAGGUAUUGUGGAAAAAUGAGAGCCCUUCAUCUACUUUAUAUUGUAGGCCGAUCAAGUUUUUAUUUAAAAAGGAAAAUGCUGAUUUAGUGCGGAAUACGGAAAAGGAAAUAAUAACAAAAAUUGAAAAGUUGAUUCCUAUUAAGAUUAAAACAAAAGAAGGGCACUCUUAUAUAAUUGAAGUUGAUAUGAUGUUAGCAAUGUUGGACGGCAGUGUUGGAAACGUUCUAUCAGAGACAAAUUCAACUAUGAAGUGCAUCAUUUGCGGAGCCACACCCAAGGACAUGAACACGUUAGCAGAGAUUAACCGUCCUCCUAACGUAGACAAUGACCGGUUUGGUUUGUCAACUUUACACUGCUGGAUUCGUUUUUUUGAAUGCUUACUCCAUAUUGGAUACCGCCUGCCAAUUAAAUCUUGGCAGGUUCGUGGGCCUGAAAACAAAGCUAUAGUCGAAGCAAAGAAAAAACGAAUCCAAGCAGAGUUCAGAGCCAAGCUGUCUCUAAUAGUUGACAAACCAAAACCCGGGUAUGGCUCCUCAAAUGAUGGCAAUACGGCCAGAAUUUUUUUCCACAAUCCACAAACAAGUUCAGAUAUCACAGGGGUUGACAGGGAAUUAAUCGAGAACAUUGCGAUCAUCUUAGGAGUGUUAGCUAGUGGUUGCGCUAUUGAUAUGGAAAAGUAUGCGUCAUUGCUGGAAGAAGCAAGAAAUUUGUAUAUCCACCUUUAUAAGUGGUACAACAUUCCAAACACGGUACAUAAGGUCCUUGUUCAUGGGUGUGAGAUAAUUGAUGCAUUUUGUUUGCCCAUUGGAGAACUGUCGGAGGAUGCUCUUGAGGCUCGCCAUAAAGAGGUUAGGAAACAUCGAUUAUCUCACACCAGAAAAUGUUCAAGAACAGAUACGAAUAAGGAUCUCAUGCGUGUUCUUUUACUUACUUCUGAUCCUUUUAUAUCCUCCAAAAGAAAGGUGAGCUCAAAAAAAUAUAAGAAAUGCAACGAGGCAGUUCAGAACUAUUUAGAAAAGCAAGAAAAUGGUGAUUUAGGUAUUGACUUAGGUACAAUAACGAAUGACAGAGCACCGAGCAAGAAAUCCUAUUCCGAUUAG